CUGUGGAGCGGAGCGUGGUUGGGAGAGUUGGGGGGAGAGGCAACCGAGGCUGUCCGGAGGGGAUGACCGGGGAGCCAGCAGGGAUUUGGGGCAAGUUUCCUCUCUCGGAGGGCCGCAACUUGAAGGGGCUCCAAAUGGAAGGCUCCGGGGGCCGCUGGGGCAUCGAUGAGAGGCGCCUGGGAGGGGUAGGCCGCCGAGGCGGCGGCGGCAGACGAGGCGAGGAACAGCAACAGCAACCCCGGCCUAGCUGUGGGGCGGCGGAGGGGCUCGUCCAGGGCUUGAGGCUCCACCUGGUUCCCCCGAGGGGCAGAAAGGAAGCGCCUCUUCCCAGGAGGAAGUCAAAGAGGCCGGGUCUUUUCUUAACGGGGAGGAUGAGCUGAGGGGCAGCCCUCGUUCCUUUCCCGGUUCUCUCCGGGCAGAAGCCUCCUUCCAUCCAGGCCCUUCUUCCCCAAAAGGUAACGCCCUACUACGGCUUCAACCGUCUCUUUGCUUAGGCCGGCCUUGGCGUCCCUUCUCAUGGCAAGUUGGGGAUGGUGGGGUUGGAAGGGGAAAAAAUCCAUCUGGUUCAGUAAAAAGCUGGGAGAUAAAAGACGCUGGAAAAGACAACAGGGAGGCUGAUUGGAAAGUGGGUUUUAUUUUUAUUUUUUUUAAAGUCAGUUUUUAUUUUAUUUUCUUACGUAAAAAAAUUCCCAUUUCAAUUUAACAGUCUGGGUGCAUCCAUUCUGAAAGAUUUCAUUGCUGUAACGAUGCCACCAAGGAAACGUCGGGCGAUUGGCCAAGUGCAGUCAAAGGCCAAGAAAAUGAAACACCAGCGUAGACAAGAAACUCCCGAGGAGAGGAAGAGGAGACUUGCGACGCAGCGCGCGCGAGCUGCUACAUCUAGAGCUUCAGAGACAGUGCAUCAGCGUGAGGCCCGACUACAAGAUAACAGAGAUCGAGCCAGACGAUCACGGAUGGCGCGACAUUUAAGCUUAGCAUUGGAAGGAUUCCACUAUGAUGCACAUAAGGACUACUCACAGCAGGCAGCGAUGGCUGAAUCUUCUGCAGUUGGCAAGUUAACAUUGGCUGAACCAUUCCUUAAAAAGGUGUCAAACUGUAACAGUGGUGCAUCACCGUCCCAGAAGCAUCUCUCAGCCUUUAAACCCGAACCUCUCUGCAUAGAUGAAAACCCUGCAAUUAUGCCAGCAGAGGGCAAGGACAAAGAAUGCACUGUGAAUACUACCAUCUUUGGCCUGGAUGCCAGUCAGUGUUUUCACUGCCUGAUUACCUUCCCUGACGAGAAAUUCAAGGAACGGCAUAUGAAGCGAGAACAUCCAGAGGAAUUCAUUCAGGCCAAUUUGCAGGAUGCCCUGUUUCUCUGCUUCGUCUGUAAAAAGGCUUUCCAGAGUUCCCAAGCACUUACCUGCCACCAGCGAGGCCAUGCCUCGCCCUCGCCCUCCGAUUGCAGUGACGGCUUGCGCCCCACUUUUGACUGUCCUGACUGUGGCCGCCGUUUUGACCAGCUGGCCAACUACCAGCAUCACCGCCUAGGCCACACGGCCAGCUGCAGCUUGCCUCAUCAGUGCCCCUAUUGCAGCAAAAGUUACCGGCAGAUUUCCAGCCUGCGUCAACACCUGGCUUUCCACGGGCAGACCCAGGUGUUGCUACCCUCCCGGCCCUACUCCUGCACGGAGUGUGGGGGGAGCUUCAGCCACGAGGCAGGUCUGCACGACCACUACAUCCGCCAUGCUCGUGGGGAGCUCUAGCGGCAGCACUACCAGUCCCUCUGCUUCCUGAACCUGAGUGGGGAAUGGAAGGCCAUGUGCAUUGUUGUCUGGGAUGGAGAGCUAGAUUCCUUUUGGGGGGCGGUUGUGGGGGGGAGGGAUACAGGGCACAGUCUUUGUCCUUAGAAAAUGCUGUGGCUGCUUAUGUUCCCCUUAGAAAAAUUGCUCAGAAUCUGUAAAGAAGCAUUUCCCCGACUCAUCUUUUUUCAACCUUAGCAGCUCUUAAGGGGUGCGGACUUCAGCUCUCAGAAUUCCUCAGCCAGCCUAUAAAAUAGUCCUUGCCU